AUGAGAUCUCGAAUAAGGCCAGAUGGCACGCACCGGACUACUGAUCCUCCGCCACCUGUAAGGCGUUUGGACUAUCAACCUCCCAUUGUCCGAAGGAACGGUUACGUUAUUUUCUCUGCCGUCAAACCUCCCAUGCAGGAAAUUGAAUUCCUUGAGUUGAGGCAAGGGAAUAAGUCGGUUGUGGAGUAUGCUUCUAAGUUUGGUGAGUUGACUAAGUUUUACCAACAUUAUGAUGGACCAACUGGUGAAUUUUCUAAGUGCAUCAAGUUUGAGAAUGGAUUGCGCCCAGAAAUUAAGAAGGUAAUUAGUUAUCAGAAGAUUCAUGUCUUUGCUGAUUUGGUUGAUAGUUGUCGGAUUUAUGAGAAAGACAAUAAUGCUCAUUAUCGGGUUAUUAAUGAGAAGCGGGGCAAGAGUCAACAAGGCUGUGGCAAGCCUUAUGAUGCUCCAGUUGGCAAGGGUAAGCAGAAAGCUGCUGAGGGCAAGAGAACUAGUGGGGGAGAUACUCCUGCUGGUGUUGUGUGCUUCAAGUGUGGCAAGGAUGGUCACAAAAGUAAUGUGUGUACUACUGAUGCUAGGAGAUGUUUUCGUUGUGGUGAGGUUGGACAUAUGUCACCUGAGUGCAAGCAUAAGCAGAUGGUUUGUUUCAAUUAUGGUGAAGAGGGACAUAUUGGAAGCAAAUUGGGUCUUGUGUUGUCUGCUAUGAACAGAGACAUGGUUGUCAAUACUCUGGCUAAGGGAUCGGUAACUACUUCUCUUGUGUGUUUAAAGUGUCCCGUGUCGAUUUUCGACAGAGAAUUUAUUGUUGAUUUCAUUUGCUUGCUGUUGAGAGGUUUGGAUGUGAUCUUGGGUAUGAAUUUGUUAGAGCAUAACCAUGUUCAUAUUAAUUGCUAUGACAAGUCUGUGAGGUUUUCUACUCCUGAAGAGGAAAGUGUUGAGUUGUUGUCGACUAGACAGUUUCGCAUGAUGAUGAAAGAGGAAGUUCAAGUGUUUGCUUUGGUUGCAUCGAUGUAUGUUGAGAAUCAAGCGAUAAUAGAAGAGUUGAAGGUGGUGCGAGAAUUUCUUGAAGUUUUCCCUGAUGAAAUUCCUGAUGUAUCGCGUGAGAGACAAGUCGAGUUCUCUAUUGAUCUUAAGGAAUUGAAUAUGAGGCAACAAAGGUGGUUAGAGUUGUUGAAAGACUAUGACUUUGGUUUGAAUUAUCAUCCUGGAAAAGCUAAUGUUGUGGCCGAUGCUUUAAGUCGAAAGACUUUGCAUAUGUCGGCGAUGAUGGUUAAGGAAUUGGAAUUGAUUGAGCAAUUCAGAGAUAUGAGUUUGGUAUGUGAAGUGACACCUAAGGGUGUUAGAUUGUGUAUGCUGAAGAUUAACAAUAAUUUUUGGGAUAGUAUCUGA